GGUGGAAGAAGAGAGAGAGAUGUGGCAAAUUUAUCCCCAGUAACUAAUCUCCCACAAUGUAAUGGGUCGUAUUUGAGAUGGACUUACAAGUCGGAGGCUUCAAGGGCACUUGCCUGUAGAGGGGUCCCCACUUCACAUGUUGACAGACAGAGUCACCUGCAGUCCCUGCCAAAGUAAACUCUGCAGUGCCUGUUUCCCUUCGUGAGGCAUCUCAAACACAACCAGGAAGAAAGACGUCUGGGGAAUGCUGACUGCAGUGUUAUCUGCUCCAUUCUGACACUGGAAUAAACCAGACGUACCGGCAGAUUCUUCACAAACAGGAACAUUGACGGUCUGCUUCUAGCAUCUGGGACACUCAGAAAUAUCUGCAUCAAAAGAUUUCUUUUAUGUUUAGCUCAUACUUUAUUAUUACAUUCUCCAUUCUGUAUGGAGAUACAAUGGGUCGUCUUUUCUGAAAGAGGAAUGGGUAUCUUAAGGGGUGUCUUUAUGGGUAUCUUAAACGCCACAAUGCGACUUGCUUCUCCUUCUUUUGUGGGACUGUUAGCCAGACAAAUUUCCCUCUCUGUUCAAAAGCACCUACUUUCCUUCAUUUUAUCUGUUCUUAUAUCAUUUGGAGCAAGCAGCAGUUUACCUGGGGCAGAGUAUGAGUAUAGUUCCCACCUAAAAUUUGUGUGCACCCCAAUCCCUGUUGAUGCUGACCCUGGCUGCCUCCCUACUGGUGGAGUACCGGGAGGAGCUGCAGCAGGGCUCGAUGAGAAUGGACACUAUGGGCCCUUAGGGGUGGGGGCCAACAGCAACGGAUGGUGGGGCAUGACUGAGGAGGCAAAGUCAACCAUUUUACACCUGCGCGAGAGCCUGGUUCAGCAGAAGGAGACGAUCCUGGACCAGCGGGAGUCCAUCCGGGAACUUACAGCCAAACUAACCCUCUGUGAGGGAUUUCUGAGGGGGGGAGGAAGCCACUAUGACUCCCAGAGCUCCCGUGCACCCCUCCACCUUCACCCGCACCACCCCUACGAGAGCAGCCACCAUGGCAGUCACACCUCUGAGCCUCACUACUCCGUCGCUGGCCAUAGCACCGAAGUCCACCACAGGGGCAAGGCGGCCUCGGGGGGAGCUGAGAAACAUGGGGGAGAGCUGGCCUCCUCGCCCGAGCAGACAGGGAGGAUGCUGCAAGCGCUGAAGGACAGGCUGGAGAGCCUGCAGGCCAGGAACACAUCCAGCUCAUACUCUAAUUCCCUGAAAGACCUCCUGCAGCGCAAGAUACACAUUCUGGAGCAACAGAUGCACCACCAUUCAAUUCCCCAUGGAAAUAAGAACCAUCACAAGGAUGGAGACCACCAUGACAACGGUCACCAUGACAACAGCCACCAUGAGGAUCACCGUGAUGACGGGCGCCAUGACGAUCACCACAACACUGACCAUCACGAUGACCGCAAUGACCAUGAGGCAGAUGGCCAUGGACAAGGCCAUCGCCCUCGAAUGGCCUACCACUCACAGGGGUACAGAACUGCAGGCCACGGGCUGCAUGCUAACAAGCUUGAUACUGUGCUGAGUCACCUGCACCAGAGAAAUUCAGAAACAGCUUCCCGAAAGAAGACAAAAAAUGGCUUUCAAAUAGGUUUCCCCAUGCGCACCAACUACAUGUACGGACGACUCAAGCACACCCUUCUCCAUGAAAUCUUUGCCCUGACUCUCUGCUUGUGGCUGAAGGGUGGUGCAGGACCAGGCCUGGGCACCCCUUUUUCCUACUCUGUGCCAGGGCAAGCUAAUGAAUUGGUCCUGAUAGAAUGGGGCAACAACCCUAUGGAGCUUCUGGUCAAUGACAAGGCUGUGACGCUACCGCUCUCUCUGAGCGAUGGGAAGUGGCACCAUGUCUGCGUGUCCUGGUCCACACGGGACGGUGUGUGGGAGGCUUACCAGGACGGAGUGAAGAGAGGCUCGGGAGAAAACCUGUCAGCCUGGCACCCCAUCAAGCCUGGAGGGGUCUUCAUUUUGGGACAGGAGCAGGACACCCUUGGGGGACGAUUCGAUGCCACCCAGGCGUUUGUGGGCGAGAUCUCUGACCUCCAGCUCUGGUCCCGCAUGCUGAAAUCCCACGAGAUAUACGACAGAGCUGUCUGCGGAAGUCACCUGACAGGUGAUGUCAUCACCUGGGCGGAGUCAGUGGUCGAGCUGCAUGGAGGAGUCACCAAGUACCCCUUUGACCCCUGCCACUAGAGGCACCGUCUUCCACAUCCAGGGAGGGUUACACUAGAAAGAUUUUAUAAGCAGUCUGAAGAGUUAUCAGCUGCAUGGUGCAGACAUCUUAAGUUUCAUUAACCCAGACACUCAGAGCAACAAGGCAACUGCCAAGACAUCCUCUCACUGCUAGUAGAAGUCCUCAAUACCUCUAUCUUAUCAAUAUUGACUUAAGCAGAUUGACACAGAAUGGUUAUCCUUUCUGCAUUGAGCUAAUAUAGUCUCACAUAGCAUUAAAUCUCCAGAUGAUUUGAAACACAUAUAUAUGGAUAAAAAGAUUAUUUUAAACAGUUGCUAAAUAUAGUAAAUGGACAGGAGAGAAUGAGACAGAUUUGUAGAAUGAUAAAUUAAUAUUAGAAAAUGAUGUGUGACAGAAGUAGUGUUGGAACAGUGUUGUGGUUGCUUUUGAACAUAGCUGUAGGAAGCUAAGUGAUUGGUGGUUCAUUGGAUGACUUUAAGAACCAUAUUCAGUAAAAAGAUAACAGGUAUGUUCUUCCAGUGACACUUAAUUUGAAAAGAUACAGCUAUACCAAAGAUAGCAGGAAUGCUGUUUAAAUCAAACAUGCUGUUGAGACAUCUUGUUAGUGAGAAAUAUGUUGUUUUUCUUGUAUUUGUACUUUAGUCAGGAUUUGUUGCUUCUUUUUCAGACAGAUAGUGUGGAGCUGUAGAUGGGUUUUUCUGCUGCAUGCAGGAACUCCCCCCCCCACCCCCACAUCCCGCUGGUGGUGAUACAGUCUCAGGGGGAGUAUAGAGGCCUUUAUGUGAGAUGCAUCAUUAACAAUUCAUUAUGCGAAUACUGAGUUUUUGAUUUACAAAAAAUACAGACCUCACAUACACACUACCUUAAUAGAUCAGCAACUCCAAAAUAGCUUAAGCAUUGUGCGUAUAGUUUUGUAGAUUAUUCCAUUUUCUGAUUUUUUUAAAAUGGAAAAUGCAUUUUAGGAGUGUUAGUAUGUUUAUGUCUGAACAUAGCUGACCUUUCUAGUGCAUUUACUUUUGAAAACCCAAAUCUGGUUUUCCCAUCUGCGAUGGGCUGGCCCCCCGUCCUGGGUUGUUCCCUGCCUCGUGCCCAUUGCUUCCGGGAUAGGCUCCGGGCCCCCCGCAACCCAGUAGGAUAAGCGGUUUGGAAAAUGGAUGGAUGGAUUAAUGUUACAAUGGAACCAAAUAAAAUCAAACAUUUAUUUAUUAAAUAAAUUCACAAAAAAUUAGGUUUCAUAAUUAUGGGUCUCCCUAGUUUAGGAUGUGGGUCAACCACUGUUGGCGAGGAUAACAUCAUGGAAUCUUUUCCUGCCCCCAUUUGAAGGGAUCUUGGAUCAUCCCUCUGUGUAGAUCCGUCUUUGGUCUGCACCAAUCAGCUGCCUUCUUCAGUUCAGGCCACAGGUUUACCAUCAGAUUAAGAUCUGGUGACUGAGAUGGUCAUUGUAGAUCCUUGAUUCUGUCCCAAACCCAUUUCUCUGUGGAUUCUGAGGUGUGCUUUGGCUCGCUGUACCCAUUGUUCUUAAGCAGUACUCCCAGACCUCCAAGAUUAAAACAGCUACAAAACAUCACUGAUCCACCACCAUACUUCACCAUGGCCAUGAGGUGAACUCCUUGUUCUUUAAAACUUAGAUUAAUGUAAAUAAGGAGAGUUUCAUUCCUGGUUUAAGUUUGGUAGAUUUUAUUUACAGUAAUCUUUAGGGGUGCCAUUAGCUGUGAAACCUUUAUUUGGAGGAAAUUAAUUUUUACUUAAAUUAAUUUUGGUUGGUUCCAAUGAAACAUUAAUAAAUUAUGACAUUUUUCACAUCUUGGAAUUUUGAUUUAAAACAUAACCGACUUUUUUUAUUUAGGAGUGUUCUGGCCUUUAUUAUGUAAUUCUCUUGUAAAUAUGAAUGGUCAUGAUGCUUUUUGUGUAGUAGUACCUGUAAAUAUUACUGUUUUGUUACCUUCUGAAUGAGUAUCAAACAACAGCACAUACUGUAUCAGAAUAUCUAAUGAAAUCUGUGUAUAUACAAAUGUAUAUAGAAAUUUGUAAAUAAAGCUCUGAAGACGUCUGA